AUGGAAACAACUGAAGCACCACCAACUUAUCACAAGACAAACAAGUUUACAAGAGGCUUUCAAAAUAUAGUUGAUUCAUAUGGGAUAGCCACAUACAGGGAAAUCAAUCCUGCUCCGUAUACAAUGAUCUCGUUCCCUUUUCUUUUUGCUAUAAUGUUUGGAGAUCUUGGACAUGGUACGAUCAUGCUCCUUGCCGCUCUUUUCUUCAUCCUGAAAGAGAAGCAACUUGAGGCUGCACGCAUAAAGGAUGAGAUCUUCCAAACCUUCUUUGGCGGUCGAUAUGUUAUAUUUUUGAUGGGCGCAUUUUCUAUAUAUACCGGAUUCCUUUAUAAUGACGUGUUCGCGAAGAGCAUGAAUGUAUUCGGAUCAGGAUGGACCAACUGUUACGAUCUGAAUGAGAUUGAAAAGCUUAACUAUGGAGAAGAGAAAACUCUCAUGCUUAUCCCUGAAAACGCUUACGACACUGCCGCUGGACCAUAUCCCAUUGGAGUUGACCCAAUUUGGAAUUUAGCAGAGUCCAACAAGCUGAACUUUCCUGAACUCAAUGAAAAUGAAAAUUUCUGUCAUUGUUGGUAUUGCGCAAAUGACCUUUGGUGUACUGCUUAG